CAAAACCAAAUCUCCAACCCCCCCAAAAAAAGAAACAAAUAAUCAAAUCCGAGAGAGAGAGAAGAUUUCAAAGAAUAAGAACAGAAAUGGUGUUAAACAGCCCGCUGGUGGUGGGGGUGGCGACCGCCUCGGCGGAGCUUUGCCAACACAUAGCUUGCAACCCGGAGCGGCUCAGCCGCGAUCAAGUCCUCUACCUCCUCUUCUCCUUCCCUUGCCGCCAGCUCCGCCGCCUCUGCUCCGCCUUCUGCCUCCCCCCUCCUCCUCUCCCGUCACCGUCCUCCUCCUCCGAUUCCGAUCUUCUUGAUUUGCAUCCACACAUCCAUUGAUCUUCACCUGAUCCCAGUUUUUAUAUACAUAUAUAUUUGUGUUCUCAGUAUUUAUUGCUUAGCUAUUGUUUGUUGAUGG